UACCGAGUCAAAGAAGAACAUCAUCAUCAUCUACAACAACGUAAGACGAUCAACCUCACACCUUCUCCGUCUCUCUUCUUCACUUAUACAAACAUAGAGACGCUAUUUCUUCUACCAAACCCUAACAUUUUGAUCACAAAAUGGGUGGAAAAGGCAAAUUAAGCUGGUGGAAAAUCUCUAUACACAAAUCCUCCAAGUCCGAGACCAAAAAUUCGCCACCCACUGAAUUCCUCUGCCCGAUUUUCAACUCCUUAAUGUCGGAUCCCGUCGUUGUUUCCUCAGGCCAAACCUUCGAGCGAUUAACUGUGCAAGUCUGUAGAGGUUUGGGUUUCACGCCCAAGCUCCAAGACGGCUCCGAACCCGAUUUCUCGAGUGUAAUACCCAAUCUAGCUCUAAAGAGUACUAUCCAUAACUGGUGUAAGAAAUCCGAUUCGGAGCCUCCGAACCCGCCGGAGUAUUCGGAAAUUGAGUCCAUUGUUAGCUCUCUGAUGGCGGCGAGUCAAAGAUUUAGGGUUUCAGAAAGGGAAUUGUUGAAGGGAGUUGAGGAAAAUCCUAGGGUUUUAUUCUCACAUGCGGCUACGGAAUUGAAUCAUCGCAAUUUUUACUCCUCCAGCUCCGAAGAAUCUGUGAUUGCAAAUGUUUCCCCUUACUUACCGUUUACAACAAAGCCCUCUUGCAUUUCGUAUUCGUCUUCGACCUCGACUACGUCGGAAUUUAUCUCCGAUGCUGUGUCGGAUAAUAUUCCAACGACUUCUUCGUCGGAGGAUGAGAAUUUUGUGAACAAAAUGACGAGUUUGGAUGUUUUUGAUCAAGAACAAGUAGUGAUUUUGUUGCGAAAAACCACAAAGAGUAGUGAAGAAGCUCGAAUUGCUCUAUGCACUGAAAGGCUUUUGUUUGCUUUGAGGCAAUUGUUGAAUUCACGGUACUCCGACGUGCAAAUCAACGCCGUAGCGGCGCUGGUGAAUCUUUCACUUGCGAAAAUGAACAAAAUCAAGAUUGUAAGAGCUGGGAUUGUUCCACUGUUGAUAGAGAUUUUAAAGAAUGGUUUUGAAGAAUCACAAGAACAUGCUGCCGGUGCGAUUUUCAGCUUGGCGCUCGAAGAUGAGAAUAAGACUGUAAUAGGAGUGCUGGGGGCGCUGCAGCCGCUGUUGCACGUUUUGAGAUCCGGCAGCCAGCGGAGCCGCCACGAUGCCGCCCUGGCGCUGUAUCACUUGACAUUGAUGCAGAGCAAUAGGGUGAAGAUAAUUAAGCUUGGAGCCAUCAGGGCACUGUUGGGUAUGUUGAAGGAUCCGGUGGUGGCAGGGCGGGUGGUGCUGGUGGUGUGCAACUUGGCAGCAUGCCCGGAAGGCCAGUCAGCGUUGUUGGAUGCCAAUGCGGUGGAGUGCUUAGUGGAGAUGUUGAGGAAUGGGAACAAGUUGGACUCUGAGUCGAUUCGAGAGAAUUGUAUCGCGGCUCUAUACUCUUUGAGUCAUGGAAGUUUGAGGUUCAAGGGGCUGGCGAGGGAAGCGAAGUUGAGCGAGGUUCUACGGGAGGUUGUGAAGAUGGGGAGCGAGCGUGCAAGAGAGAAGGGUCAAAGGAUUUUGGAGGUAUUGAGGGGACGAGACGAGGAGGACGACCGGGACGAGGUUGACUGGGAAGCUGUGAUGAAGGGUCAGGCGAGUCGGGCGAGGUACCGAGAUGGUGGGAAUGCAGGUCCCAGCUCUACUGAUUUCUGAAUUGGAAUUUCAUGAAUAAUUUGUGUAAUUGUUAGUAAUUUUGUGAAGGAAGUCAAUAUUCAUGCUUAGCUUUUGAUUAUUUUUUCCACUUUUUUGUUUGGGGUCCUAAACUCCUAAUCCAAUCCCAUCCCAAAACACUUGUUUAUAGUUUAGGAUUCAUGUGUAUAUACUAGUUGAAGAGUUAAUGUUGUGCUAGGUUGAGACAAUUUCUUUGUAUAAGUUUGACUCUUAAGGGGUCGAUCGCCCAAGGAGGGCAAUGGGAGGUGUUAUGGGAGGUUGUCGAGAGGGGGGGAGUGAGCGGGAGAGUUGGAAGGAUUGAGUUCGAUGGUGUUGAAGGUAACGAUCAAGGAGAAUAAGGAGGACUGCGAAACUUUGAUGGAGUGUGGGGUGAAUCAGACUAGUUGUUGUUUUCGAGUCUUUUUUUUUUGGGGGUAAUUAUUUAGGAUUUAUUUGUAAAUUUUGUUGAUAUUAUAGUUGAAGAUUUUGUUGCUUUCAAUUGUAUGAUUGAUACAAGUCAAAUGUGAUAUGCUUAGUUAGGUUUGUUCAA